AUGGCAGAGGUAAAUAUCGAGCAAUCAACUUUGGACUCGGUGAAGGGGAAAGUGGCGGUCCUUGCAGGUGGCGCUCAAGGGAUCGGUGCAGCAACUGUGACACAACUAUAUCAAUCGGGGGCUCAUGUCUUCUUUGGCGACUGGGACGACACCAAGGGUUCGAGAUUGGCAGACGAACUUCGAGCUUCGCCGUCAGAAGGGAGUGUGACAUAUCUCAAGGUCAAUGUGCGGGAUUACCAGUCGAUCCUCUCUUUGUUCGACACCGCCUACAACCAGCACGGGCAGAUUGACAUUGCGAUCUGUUGCGCUGCAGUGACAGAACGGCCGGGGUAUUGGGAGCCGGAAAAUCUGAACCUCCAGAGCGUGAGAGAGACGCCCACAGGCAUCUCCGAGGUCAUCGACAUCAACCUGAACGGCACGUUAUACUUUGCCCGGCUCGCCGUGGCCUAUCUCAAGGAGAAGCACACCUUCGACCAAGCCUCGACGACGGCCAAAUCCAUCACCUCGUCAAAGUGCAUCACGCUUGUCUCCUCGGUCGCCGGCUUCAAAGAGUCGCCGGGUCUGUUCGCUUAUUCUGCGGCUAAGCAUGGCGUGUUGGGCCUGAUGAGAGCGCUCCGUCCGUUCACGGCGCCGUUGUACGGUCUGAGAAUCAACGCCAUUUGUCCGUGGGCCACCGACACGCAACUCCUGGCCGGCGUGCGCGCCGAGUGGGUCAAGCACGCGAUGCCCAUGAACCAGCCCCUCGACGUGGCCAAGUACAUCAUCCAGGUCAGCGCUGAGCCACGGACGCACGGCAAGGCCCUCUUCGUGGCCGGCGGCAAGGCCGUCGAUAUCGAGGAGGGCAUCAAGAAGACCGAGCCCGUCUGGCUGGGCGAGAAGAACGCGCGCGACUUAGCCCAGGGGCAGGUCAUUCUGGGACUGGGUAUGGACUGGGGGCACAACAAUCCGAAGACACACGAGAAGACGAACGGCACUUCGACUUGA